UCAGAACGCCAUUGUGAACUGGAAAACACACAAUAUUAUUGAAGUUUCCCAGGCAUAUACCCUCGAAAUGGCAUCUCAAUUCGGAGGAGCAAAGAACCCUCCUUGGGCCAGACCAGCAUCAGUUGGCCCAGAGUACAUGUCAUCAGCAACAGGACCAACCACCGUUACCCCAACAUCUCUAGCUCAGGCCCAGAAUGCACUUCUGAACGCAGGCUCGGUGACAGCAACACCUGUCUACAACCUCGGCACACCUGGUGGUGGAAUCUCGCAGCCACAGUACAAUGCACAAAUGGCAGCACUGGGUUUACAGGCACAGCAACAACUACAGCAGGCUGCUGCUUCAGCUGCAGCUGCAGCUGUACUUCCCCAGCCGGGCAUUGCCAUCCCCACCACCCUAGCCACCUCCCAAGUAGCCACAGUGAGCUAUCCACCACCACGCAUCACACAGCCACAGUCACCCAAACAGAGAGUCUUCACAGGAACAGUCACAAAACUACAUGACAAUUUUGGAUUUGUAGAUGAUGAUGUCUUUUUUCAGACUACUUGUGUCAAAGGAAGCUUGCCAAAAGUUGGAUCUAGAGUUCUAGUGGAAGCCACCUAUAAUGCCAACAUGCCCUUCAAAUGGAAUGCAACCAGAAUACAGGUCUUGGCUAAUCAGGGAGCACCAAACAUCCCCACAGGACUUAAAGGUGCACCUCAGCUGACAAUUGGAGCAGGGUUGAACCCCCCGGGUGUGAGUAUCCCACAACCCGUGCCUCCAGUUGGCAACAUGAACCCAAUGCCUGGGAACCAGAUCAUUACACAGUCGAUUGCAGGACCAGUCCUCUCACAGCAGCCACCCCCUCUCAUGGCACAGAACCCACAGCCAUCUCUAGGUCUACUCCCAGCUCAAAGGUCAGGUGGUGGUCCACCUCACCGCAAUGAUGCAGGGCGAUUCCAGGGGGUAAAAAACAACAGAGACAAAGAAAGAGAGAGGGAGCGAGAGAGGGAAAGACGUGAAAGGAAAGAGAACAGAUUAAAGCGUCAGCGAUCUCCAUCUCGUUCUGUCAAGUCUCCAGCUCCAAGACCUAGGAGUCCUAUACGAAGGCGGCCUGCUAGGGUUAUUCCAAGAUAUGUUGUACAGAUACCCAAGUUGUCACUUGAAACGAAAGGAGGAAAUGUAAUUGCUCUCAAGUCACGUUAUAGUAACUUGUACAUACCAAGUGAUUUCUUCCAUGCUGGCUUCUCAUGGGCUGAUGUAUUCCCUGUUGGCCGACCUUUCCGCCUCGGCUCCAACUGCCAGUUCCACAUCAUGCAGAAAGAUGUAGAGCCGCUUCAGCCCAAUGACGCUGUCUAUGAGGCCCCAGAUGCUGACCAUAGCUUCAGUUCCAAGGUAAUGCUGCUAGCCUCACCUCUGAUGGAAGAACUGUUCCAAAAGUCCUGUGCUUUGGCCCAGACAGAGUCAGAUUCGUUCCAGCACCCAACACGUCUGCUACAGUUUCUAGUGGGAAUCCGAGGGAAGAAUGAGCCGAUGGCUAUAGGAGGUGCAUGGUCUCCAUCACUGGAUGGUCCAAAUCCAGCUGAAAACCCCCAAGUGUUGAUUAAAACUGCCAUACGCACGACUAAAGCAUUAACAGGAUUAGAUCUCAGUUCCUGCACCCAGUGGUAUCGGUAUGCAGAGAUCGCCUAUCUCCGGCCUGAGACCAACCACAAAGGCAGACAGGUUCCAGCUCGUGUUGAAACUGUCGUACUUUUUUUGCCCGACGUGUGGACUUGUAGCCCAACCCGCCUGGAGUGGGGCAAUCUGCAGGUGGCCUACUCCAAGCAGCUUCAACGCAAGAUUGCUGCCAUCGAAGGGACAGACCCACAGGCGGAGGAAGAAACGGAGGAAGAGAAGGAAGCAGCGGAAAAGUCUGAACCCACAAACCAUGCUCUCCUCGAUCCCAAAACCAUGAAGAUUGUGGACUUAAGGCAUGAGUUAGAGUGUCGAACCCUGAGCUCUAAGGGUCUCAAGUCUCAGUUGAUUGCCCGACUGACCAAGACUCUAAAACAGGAGAAAGAAGAUGAAGAUGAGGAGAAAAGCCAGCCAGCUGUGGUACCAGUCAAGGUUCCUGAUGAAAUUGAACCAGAAGAAAAAGAAGCUGCAAAGAAGAAAGACGAAGAAGAGAAGAAAGCUAAGGAAAAGAGAGAGAAGGCAGCAGUUGAGAGAAAGUACUGCUUGCCUAGCAACCCAGCUAUCAUUAUCCACCCUUCCCCCACAGCCAAGGGAGGCAAGUUUGACUGCUCCCUCAUGUCACUCAGUGUCCUGCUAGACUACCGACCAGAGGAUAAUAAGGAACACUCGUUUGAGGUGUCCCUGUUUGCUGAGCUGUUUAAUGAGAUGUUGAUGCGUGACUUUGGCUUCCAAAUCUACAAAUCUCUUGUACUUGCGCCACCCAAGAAAGAGGAAGAAAAGAAGGAUGACAAAAAAGAUGAGAAGAAAGAUGAAAAGAAAGAUGACAAAAAGGAAGACAAGAAGGAAGACAAGAAGGACGAUAAGAAAGAUGACAAGAAAGAUGAAAAAAAGGAAGAAAAGAAGGAUGACAAGAAAGAUGAUAAGAAAGAUUCUAAGGAACCUGUCAUCAAGAAGAAAAAAACAGAAGAAAAUGAGGAGGAGAAGUUAUCUGAUGGUGCUAUCAAGGAGGCAGUGGAGGAGGAGAUGGAGACUGAGGAGAUGGGCAAUGAUGAGGAGAAUGAAGAUAAAACUGAUGGAGACUCCAAAAAAGAUAAAGACAAGAAGGAUAAGGAUAAGAAGAAAGAUAAGAAGAAGUACCUGACUGUGGAUCCUGCCCUGCUUCUUGCCUUCGUCUACUUCGACCAGAACCACACUGGCUACCUGCUGGACAAGGAUGUAGAGGAAAUCUUGCAUACUAUAGGGCUCCAUCUUUCUCGUGCUCAGGUAAAGAAAUUGGUACAGAAAGUUGUGUCCAGGGACACCGUGAACUACCGGAAACUGACGGACAAACCUGUAGUGUCUGAGGGGGAGACCAAGGUGGACGAGGCUCCUGCAUGUGUAGCAGUCAGUGAAGAGGAGAUAUGCCAAGGUAACAUAGACUUCUUGAAGAAAGCAGGAACAGUAGCUCCCAAGCCAUCAGAUAAGCCAAGCACUCGGAACAGUACCAGCAAGACUGAUUCUCCCCAGUCCCACAUCAUCCACUACAAGGGCUCCCUGCUGGAUAUCGACAGUCUCAUGGCCAGGCUGGACAAGAGUGAUAAGUGCCGAGGAGAUCUGGAGAAGAAGAUGGAGGAGAUGACAACUGAUAAUUAUUCCAUGAAGAGCACCCUGAAUACAAGUGAGUACAAUUGUCAGAAGCUGAUAUCCGAGUUGCGGCAGGUGAAGACAGAACUGGAGAAGGAGCACAUUAUGCGUGAAGAGGCGGACACUUGUAACAGGAAGUGGACUACUGUUGUCACAGAAAGCAAGGAUACCAUUGCCAGCGCCCUCUCAGCUAUGACAGCACUUCUGGAAAACAAGCCUGCCCUUGUUCACAAUUCUGAACCAGAGAAGUCUGACAAAGAUAUUGUGAAGGAUGUCAAGAAAGAAGCUGGCAAUAAAUAGAUUUGUUAUGUUUAUACCAUUUGUAUAUAUUCACCUUUGCAUACAUACAUCUUUGCAUAUGUUGAUGUACCAAAAUGUCAGUCAUGUUUUGUCACAUUCAUGAAUUGUUUCAUUAACAUUUGUCAACUGCAUUUUAUAUGUUGAUCUGUACAUUAAUGUGUUCACUGAGUAGAAGUUGAAGGUUUGGUGUGAUAAAGUCAUUUAUGGAACACUUGGUGUUUACUUGCCAGAUACGAAGGAAGGUGGUACAGUGCAUCAGAAAUUUACUUCUUCGGCUGAAAGAGGUAUUGUCUUGAAAGAAGCAAGUGGUCAUGGCUUUUUCAGUCUCUAGAUUGUUGGGGUACUUUUUACUUGUCGUAUUUCUUUCAGGUCACUGUUUUAGGUCUGAAAUUGCAUAAUAAUUUUAUUUCAGUCUGAUUCUGUGUACCACUGUCAAAGGAAGGGUGUAGUUUCUAGUAUUACUUCAAUGGUGCUGUGUCUAUGGUAUGAUAGUGGGUUGCAUUCCUCCAUUUGAGGGUGAAUGGCAUUGAUUGCAGUGCAGCAGCAGUUAAUUGAUAGUUGAGACUAAACUGGAAUACGGUUUGUUUCGCAGGCCAUGCUGUAUACGUAUUCUAGUCGUACAUUGCAAUUUUGCCAAAAAGACAUGAUAGAUGUAAAUUGGCAGGCUUUGCUGAAAGACUUGUAUGAAUAGCAGUAGAUUUGUUGUAGAAGGAAAUAAAUUUGAGUGUGCACAUUCAAGUUUUGCAGCUAGUUGAAAUAAUUUGUUCCUUGUUGAGUUUCCUUGGGUAAGCCAGUUGAGUUGAAUCGUGUGUCCAUGUCCUAUGAAAUACGAGCACUGCCCUGGGGUAGCUCUGUGGUCCGUGUCCACUUAGAGGUCACAUUGACUGGGUUCAGUUCACGUCGCAUUAAUAUUGAUAAUGUUAUCCAACCAACAGAUUAUUUAAAGAGAUUAUUAUCCAUACUUUGGUCAGCAAUGGAUUGUUCAAGAAGUAUAGUAUAGUCUUCUAUUCCGAAACCAUGGAGUUGCUUCAUCGUGUCUUCAUGAUGUCAACAAUGAUAGGUUGUGAUGUUAUCAUCUGCCUCAUGAUGUCAACAAUGAUCUCUAUUUUAUGUCAACAAAGUAUCUGCAUUAGGUCAGCAAUAUUGUAGAGUGUGUGAAAUCAUUAUUGCAUUGUCCUUCACAUUAAGUUCUUGUUAUGAGCAACAUAGAUGUUUAUCACCUAUCAAUAUGUGUGUGCUCCAACACAUACAUGAAAUAUAAAUAUUGGAGAUAAUAUGCAAUUGAUGUGAAGAAAACAUUCGGAUCAUCAAAGCUGCGGUGUUGCUUGACAUAUCAGAACAUCACAGUUAUCAUGGAGGUAUGGAAUGUUUCUGCCUGCUAAAACUUGCAAGACAUAUAUGCAGUGUUGUUGAUUCUUACACAAUUUGCAAGAUUGUUAUUUUAAAAUAUCUCUGUUUGGUUAGUUUGUUUGAAAAAAGCCCUUUCUUUAUAAAGAUAUGUGUCUGUGUUGACCGAAUUGUGCAGUUGCCCUGUAGCAAAAUUUGUAUUUGUCUAUUUGGGGAAUCACUUCCACCAAGUGACCCUUAUAUUUUACUCAGAUGGUGUUACUAGACAAGAAGACACAGCGUAACCAGCUAGCAGAAAUAUACUUAUGAUAAAGACCAGCCAAUGGCUUUUAUUCGAUACAUUCUUGUUCUAUUGAAUUUACCUCAGAAAGUGUUUAUGUCAGAUAUGUGUAAAAUAUUGUACACAAUGAUAGACAUGAAUAAAUUAUCAUUUAUAUCAAA